AUGGCGUCUGCUCCAUCCACUUUCUGCACUCCGGGCACAAUGAAGUUGGGCACCCUGUUGAUUCUCUGUCUCCCAAACCUUCUCGUAAGACCUGUCUUCCCCACAGACGCUCCGCCAUCUACGGCGAUACCCGAUACAGCCAAUGCAGAAGGGACGGUGCCCGAAGGAACCACCGCC